GCUGCUGAGCUGGUGCGCAACAAGCAGCGCGUGGCGCUCUUUGCGAACCCUCUAGGCAAGGCGUGCUUCGAGCUGGACAAGGCACAAGUCCGGGCUUGCCUGGAUGAUCUGCGAAAGCACGAUUUGCUUGAGCCUGGCCUCGUCUACGUGUCGGAGGUGCGGCCUCUGAGCGAUGCGCAGGCACUCUCCUCCAAGGAGUGGAAAGCAUUUCAAUUAGAGAUUGGCUGCCAGCCUCUCCUGAUGGUAUGCCUGGCCUGUGGCCGAGAGCUAGAACGGCUCAGAGCCGAGGGAGCUGGAGCACAGAAAGAGAAAGCAGUGCAGAUGCUGGCUGGUGAGAUUAUCGGCCUCCUGGUAGAAUCCGGGGCGGACCCUGGCCUAGUCGACGUCGGCCCGCUGGAAAACACGGCCCUCCACCUGGCAGCGAGGUACGGUGCCGCCAAGCUCAUCAGCUUUCUGCUAUCCUUGGGCACGAACCCCACUUCGCUGAACGCAGACGGAUGCACGGCCGAAGUUGUGGCUUCCAGAUGUGGGCAGGUCCUGUGCCAGCAGAUUUUACAGGUGGUGGUCGCGAACAUGGGAAACCAUGCUGACGAGGAUAGCGGCCGAGAACAGAUCCGAGUUGGUUGGCAGGGUGGCAUGCUCACACGAAGUCUUCAAAAACCCAACGACCCAGCGUAA